UAUGACUUAAGUUUAACAUCGCAACGCAAAACGACAAGCGACCGGGAAGAGGAAGAGGGUUUUGACAGGGUUGAGAGGAGCGUCCGCUGUAAUGCGCCUUCGGAUCGAUGCGAAGCCCUGGCUGUAGCUUCUUAUAAUGCAUCCUGUAGGGAGGUGACUGCGCCGUACACUGUUUGUUGUUCUGAAAUCCGAUGGGGCUGCAUCUCGGGUGCCAGAGCUUUUUAAUACUUGGAGGAAGCCCUCGCUAUUUAGUAAAUGGCCACCGCGACUGACACAGAACAGAAAGCCGCAGCAUGGUGCAAUUAUUUCUUUCUUUAUGAUUCUUCAAAAGUUAAAGAAGAGGGUGAUCCAACAAGAGCUGGAAUCUAUUAUUUUUUCCCUUCGCAGACCACCGUUGACCAACGGGAAUUACUGUGUGGGCAGAUUGCCGGCGUGGUUUGUUGCAUUACUGAGAUUUCUGGAUCACCGCCCAGUUUAAUCCGCUUGCGAAAGCUGAAGUUUGCUAUCCGUGUGGAUGGGGAAUACCUUUGGGCUCUUGGAUGUGCCAUAGAAGUCCCUGAUGUGAGCUGUAAGCGAUUUUUGGAUCAACUUAUAGGUGUCUUUACAUUUUACAAUGGAUCCAAUAAGCGUAUAUACCAGAUACAGGAGCAAGAACAGCUAGCUCGUCAAUGGGAUCUGUACACAGAGCACAUUCAGCAAAAUAGCUGUGACCUGCACCAGACUUUCAACUCCUUGUGUAACCUAGACAGGACUGAAGUGGAUCCCCUGUUACUACUAAAAGCUGCACUCAUCUUACAGACCUGUCAGCGCUGUCCAAAGAUCCUGGCUGGUUGCAUUCUUUAUACAAACCUAAUUGUCAGCACUCAGCUUCCGCCUGAAAUAACAGCCAAAAUACUGGCAUAUCAACCUGGUGUGAACAGUCAGAAUCUGACUGAGAGGCCAGAAGACACGCCAUUACCUAAGGAUGUAACGAUUUUGACUGUAUUUGUCACUGAAGAAGAGUCUGCAGCUCUGCGGCAGUUCCCAGUUGGAUGGAUGCACGGAUUACCCGAGUCUCCAAAGCCAGAUUUGAUUGAGAUGAAGAUUCAGAAACGGUCCCUCUCCAGAACACUGUCAGACAGUCCAGAUCCUGAGGAAAUGAACGGUGAGUACCGGCACUCUGAGACAGAGUGUGAAAACUGCACUGAGUUUGAGAACCCACAUCCAAAUUCCAAAGAGAUUGAUAGACCAGCAGACUCCAUGGAUCUUGCUCAGAACUACCAAGAAGAACAUUCCAUGCAACCUCAUCAAAUAAAGGUUGAUUACAAGUCUUCAGGGAAUGCAAACUCUCAUCCUAAGAAUGAAUUCCCAUUGCCUUCCAUUCCUAAAACCUCUUCCCCUCCUGAAAACUCUUGCUUUUCACUAAAGUUGGACGAAGAAGAGACGGACCCAGUUCCCAAGGGGGUUAGUGGUCUCUGUGUGGAAUUGACAGAAGAUAGAAAUGACGAGAACAUUGAAAGAGUGACAAAAUGUUCUGAAAGUCUCAGUGAUCCGGUUUUAAAUUCCGUAAGUAGGUAUACUAUCUCUGAUUCUCUGAAAGUGCAUCUUCCUUCAGAAUCUGAAAGUGAUGCUGGUCACGACCAGAAAGAGGCCAGUAUUCCGUCUCCUUUAACCUCUUCUGUUGAUGUCCAAACUGUGUCCUCACAACAACAUAGAAAUUCGCCACAUAGUGAUACUCUGCUGUCUCGUGGUGCCUUGGGUAGAGUCUCGCCUAGCUCUUCACUACCAACAGAAUAUAGAGAAGAGGGUAUGGAAAGUGAGCAGACUGUGGCGCUAAAGUAUGGAAGCCUGGAUGAACCCAAAGACUGUGGAAAUUUGGUGAAAUUGAAUCUAUAUGUUCAUACAGUGAAAAAGCUGGUAAUGUUUCUUCUGGCUGAAGAUGGACUUGGAGCCAUUCACAGUGCCAUUGAAGAUGUUUAUCACAGCACCCUGGCAUCUUUAAAUGGCUUAGAAGUUCACCUCAGUGAGAAUUUACUCAACAGAAAUUACUGUAACAUAAUUGGCUUCAACUUUGCACAUUAUGAUUGCAUUCAGCAUACACUCACAGCUCAGCUUUCUCCUGAUGCACAGAAGGGUCACUUCAUCAGAGCAACAGCUUUAAUGCACACAGACUUGAACAGUACCACUCAAGAGAUGAUUGUCCGGAACACUGCCACCGCUGUCUACAGCUGCCGUAACCCAGCCCAGGAAACUCACUUCCAAAACCUUGCGACUCCCGCCCGGAACUCUGGUGUCCCAAACCCCCGUGACAGUGCAUUCGCUCUACCAGGAAGGGCCAAGCAGAAGCUGCUAAAAUAUGGAGUAAACCUGCUCUGAGUCACACCAGCCUCUGAGAUUUGCCAGCAGUAUUAAAUGGACAAUUGCUAGCACUAUUUUUUGUAAUAUGGAGAAAAACGUAACUUCUUAAGUCACACACGCUCGAUUUACAAUCAUUAGACGGUACACUCAGGUACCACGGGCUGCCUCUUACUCCAGUGUAUUUGCUUAAAUUGACUAACAAAUAGAGAUCCCUCACUUAUCUUUUCGUUUUGCAAUGGGAAUUGGUAGGGGAAGACCCAUCACACAGCUUGCCUUACUUGAUUCAGGGUUUCUCAUAUUAUGCAUAAGAAUUAACGGACCAACAGAAAUCAUGAUGGAAAAUAUAUUGUGGAUUUUGAGAAUUGGAAAGCUCCCAAACGGACUUGAGGCUCAUUUUAAUAUCCUGUCCACAUACCUUGGUUUUGAUUAGAUGUGGUACAAUUUGUAGUUUCAGGCUUAAGAAGGAAGUUCAUUUUGGCAAUCAAAUUUGUAGCAGAAGUGUUCAUUUCUGAUCAACUCCCGCCACAGUCUGACAACUUGCCUUUGUGUAACGUUUUUAAUAUCGUAAAAUGUCCCAAGGUGCUUCACAGGAGUGUCAUCAAAUAAAAUUUGAUAUAUUGGUACAAACGACCAAAAGCUUGUUCAAAGAGAUAGGUUUUAAGGAGCGUCCUAAAGGGGGUUUGAGGGGUGGAGAGAUGUUGGUGGUGUUGGGAGGGGGUUGGAAUUUCAGAGUUUAAGGUCUGCUGUAUUAUCCCAAUUUUCAACACUCCUAUUCAUGUGCUCAUUACAACACUAGUAAAAUAAUUUUAAUAUUUUUAUUUUCACUGUUUUCUUGUGAAAUUCUACAGGUAUUAACAGACUUCUUAUGCUUAGUCCAUGUGUUCCCUCAUCUUGUUGACUUUUCAGUCCUGAAUGACAUUACAACCAACUCUGACUGAACACUCACUUAUCUGCAUUUUUCAGGGGUGAGAACCCUAACUGAUUCCCCCCUCCCCCAUCAGCCCAGAGGCACUGAGGCUAAUUGUAACAGCACGCAGAUGCCUAGGCUGAGAUAUAUUGAUAUUUUUCAUCUGUUAAGCUUUGCACUUUACACAAAUGCUGUAGCUGAGAUCAGAGAAAUUAGGAAUUUUGAUAGUUAGCAACGAUAACUGAUUUUCUAAACAUUUAUAAGUAACUUACGUUUUACCAUAAAUUGACUAGUGGAAUAAAAGAGAGAGGCUAGUGCAUAGCAUUUGUACUAAAUUGAAAGCAAUGACAUACAUAUUUAUCAGAUAUAAAAUGUUAAUUUACUUUGGGAGAAAAUGCAGGAAAACUAAGGAACCAUAUUUUGCUGCUGAAGGGUCCUAUCGAAAUGCCUUUCACUUUUAGACGUUUAUCAACCAGCUGUGUCUUACCAGCAAUUUUGUUUGUUUUUAUUUCACAAUUCCUGAAUCUUGGAGCUAUGAGAUAAAAGUUUGUUUUUCUCACAUCUGGAAGGUCAUGAGUUACGAGUUUGCCCCGUGUGAUGCAGAGGGGGAAGGAGAGACUUGGGCAGAUUGUCUCAAAUCCUGGUUCCGGUGACCAAUUGACAGUAAUAGGGAAAAGGUGUUUACUGUGGGCUGACCGGACUGGUGAGUUGAGCUGUUUAUCCUGUAAUGAAAUCAUUCAAAUAUAAACUGAAUUCAUACAGCGAAUGAAGUCUUGCAUCUAGGACACACUAAAGAAAGGUCUCUUAGACUUCAUUUUACGGCUGGUUUUGUGUCCUAGUAUUAAACAAAGAGUGAUACAUUGAUGAAACAAAUUACUGGGGAGGUCAUUGAAGCAGACAGUAUAAAUGGGUUUUAUAUAUAUUUGGAAGCCAGUGGUGAUUGCCGGACUUGGAGAUAAGGCAGGUAGCUGAAGUUGAAAUCCAUUGUAAAAGUGUGAGCUUGUUAGGCCUUUUCUUCUUCCUAAAAGCUUUUGAGCUAGAUUUUUCUACCAUUACAUCUAAGUGGAAAAUUAAGCCCAUUAUGCCUUCAUUUUCGCUUUUGCGUAGAUGGCAUUAAUUGAUUUUGUAAAUUUUAGUGUGCCACCUUAACUCUAUACUAUGGAUGUGCACCAAUAUUUGGCUAUCACUUUACUUUCUCUUUUCCACUGAACAACAACAGCAACUUGGCACAGUUGCCAUUGUCGUCAUAUUAUUGCCCACAGUACUGCGGUAACCACAGGAGCAUCAGUGUUCCCUUUGUCAUGAAAACUUGUUCCUCCUCAUCUGUUCAUUCCACUGUAUCCACCCUCAGCACUUCAGCCUCACUAACCAAGGGAAUAGAACAGUGUGAUCUGCAUCACAUGACCCUAACUCCACCUAAUCUGCAUAAAUUAAUCUGUAUAAACCAAUUUAUACUGUGUGGCUAUAGUAGCCAUGCAGUCCUAAUAUACUUUAUACAACUUCAGUAUUGAUAGUAUGACCUUACACCCAGUGCUGCAAUUUGGCUGAUCAAUUAUUGUUCUACAACUAGUUAUACUACUGCUUAUACUACUAGUUGUUAACUACAUUUUCUAACUGUCAGAUUGCCUCAGCGUUGCAGGAUAUUUGUUCUAAUGGUACUUUGUAGAAUUUUUUUUGGAAAAUCUGCUGUAUGUAGGCUUGAGGGUGCCUUCUGGGUUUCAGAUCAGGCUGCUGUGUUCUCACAUCGUGCAAUAAAUUGAAUAUACUUUG